AUGUCAAGCUCAAUGGAGAAAGCAGGCGCGAAAGCCAAGGAGGUCGCAAAGGAAGACUUUGAUAAAGCAAAGGAGUUGGCACGUUCAGCAGCAAUCAGUGGAGCUUACCUUUACCCCAUUAAAGGCAUCUUCUACUUCCUCUCGCAUCGCACAUUAUGGAAACCUCUCUUGUCGAAACUCGUACCCACUCUGUCUCUAUCCGUCAUCGUCGUGGUUGUGAUGUUCAUGUUUACCUAUCUACCACAACUUGCCGUUCUCAUUUUCACCGAUGGACCCCUCGCUGCAGUCUCUGCAGUCCUCUUGACUCUCUCUGAAUCUAGCACAAUUGUCACUAUGCUUUCCAAGAAUUUCCUGAUUGCAGAUGCUCUUGUUGAUACAUUUGAUGGAGUGAUGGUAGCAAAAGGUCAAGCAGAAGUUGUACAAGGGGGCCGAGAGAUCAAAUCAGGAAAGUUUGGUGAUCCAAUGAGAAAGUUGGGUAAAGUUGUCAAAGGAUACGGUCAAAAGUAUAGCUUUGGAGGCUUGGUGAGAUACUUGAUGUAUCUUCCAUUGAAUCUUAUCCCAGUUGUUGGUACGGUAGUCUUUGUUGGUCUGCAGGGACGACAGAGAGGUGAAGGGGUUCACUCAAGAUAUUUCCAAUUGAAGGGAUGGUCUAAUGCACAAAAAGAAGCAUGGCUUAAGGAGCACUCUGGGGCAUACACAUCAUUCGGAACCGUCGCAACUCUUCUUGAACUUGUCCCUGUUGCAUCCAUUCUCUUCUCAUUCACCAACACUGUUGGUGCAGCAUUGUGGGCUGCCGACAUCGAAGGUAAUGGCACGACUAUGACUGAAAUCUCUUCGCCCCAGGCGCAAAAAGAAGCUCUAAGAUCCGAGUAA